AUGGCUCUAGCAAGAGAGAAGAGGCUUCCGCCGCUGCACCUCUCGCUCAACGUCCCGUCCCGCCCCGCCGUCCAGGAGCCGGCCUUCCGGCACGCCAACCCUCCGCUCGCGCCGCCGCCGUCCGCGUCGUCGACCCCGCUGGCCCGGUCGAGCCAGUUCCGUCUCGCCGACUUCGACCGGCUCGCCGUCCUGGGCCGCGGGAACGGCGGCACCGUGUACAAGGUGUGCCACCGCGAGACGGGCGCGCUUUACGCGCUCAAGGUCCUGCACCAGGGCGACGCCGCCGAGGCGGACAUCCUAGGCCGCACCGCCUCGCCGUUCGUCGUCCGCUGCCACUCCGUCCUGCCGGCCGCGUCGGGCGACGUCGCGCUGCUCCUCGAGCUGGCGGACGGCGGGUCGCUGGACUCCGUCAAGAACCGCGGCGGGGCGUUCCCGGAGCCGGCGCUCGCGGAGGUGGCGGCGCAGGCGCUGUCGGGGCUGGCCUACCUCCACGCCCGCCGCAUCGUGCACCUCGACAUCAAGCCGGCGAACCUCCUCGCCACCGCGGCCGGGGAGGUCAAGGUCGCCGACUUCGGCAUCGCCAAGGUCCUCUCCCGCGCCGGCGACCAUUGCACGUCCUACGUGGGCACCGCGGCGUACAUGAGCCCGGAGCGCUUCGACCCGGAGGCGCACGGCGGGCACUACGACCCCUGCGCCGCCGACGUGUGGAGCCUUGGGGUCACCGUCCUGGAGCUCCUCGUGGGCCGCUACCCGCUGCUCCCCGCCGGGCAGCAGCCGAACUGGGCGGCACUCAUGUGCGCCAUCUGCUUCGGCGAGCCCCCCUCGCUACCCGACGGCGCCGCGUCACCGGAGCUCCGGAGUUUCGUCGCCGCCUGCCUGCAGAAGGACUACCGCAAGAGGGCGUCCGUCGCGGAGCUUCUUGCCCACCCGUUCGUCGCCGGGAGGGACGUGACGAGGUCGAGGCGCGCGCUCCGAGAGCUCGUCGCCGAGGCCUAG